AUGGCCGAUACCUUGCCUGAGCACCCACCUAAUGAGGCCAUUCCUAUGCGUGAAGAUAGAAUCUGGAUAGACGGAUGCUUCGACUUCACCCACCACGGUCACGCUGGUGCAAUGCUCCAGGCCAAACAGCUUGGUAAAUACCUCGUUGUGGGUGUCCACAGCGAUGAAGAGAUCAUGGAAAACAAAGGCCCCACGGUCAUGAAUCUCCGCGAACGCAUGGCUGCUACUGCCGCUUGUAAAUGGGCUGAUCUCCCCGUGCCUGGCUCUCCUUAUGUGACAGACCCCCAUUGGAUGGAUCUUUAUGGGUGCAAAUUUGUUGUUCACGGUGAUGACGUUACUACGGAUGCUACGGGAGAGGAUUGUUAUCGUGUCGUCAAAGCCGAGGGACGGUUCAAGAUUGUGAAACGAACCCCCGGGAUCUCUACAACGGAUUUAGUGGGCAGGAUGUUACUGUGCACAAAGACACAUCACCUCCGUAACUUGGGUGGAGUGUUGCUAUCCGCCAUUGACCCAGAUCCGGAGAAGGAUGACAGAGAGACCAAAGAGGCUGCUGAGCUACUGGAGCGGAUAGAGGCAUACGCCUCUGAUUCCUUUGGGGUUAUCGGUAAAGGCUCAACGGUGUUUGUGUACACGCCACGAACAAAGGCCUGUAAUCCACUUGUUACCGGAGUAGGACCAAAAGAGGGGCAAAGGAUUGUUUAUGUCGAUGGUGGGUUUGAUCUGUUCUCGAGCGGACAUAUCGAGUUCCUUCGCCGGGUAGUUGAGAAGGAGAAAGAGGACGGGAACGAAGACAUAUAUGUUGUUGCGGGUGUGCAUGAUGAUAAGACCAUAAACCAUUGGAAAGGUCUUAACUAUCCGAUUAUGAACAUGUUUGAAAGAGGACUUUGCGUGCUCCAGUGUCGGUACAUUGACUCGAUAAUCCUAUCCGCUCCAUUCUCCCCAACGAAAGCUUUUCUAUCAACACUCCCUACCGGAAUUCCAGAUGUGGUCUACCAUGGACCCACGCAGUUCAUGCCGGGCGAAGAAGACACUUACGCCGAAGCCAAAGAAAUGGGUAUAUUCCAAGAGAUUGGCGCGCAUGAAUUUGCGGGUGUUAAUGCAGGGGAAAUCAUGGAUCGUAUCCUGAAGCAGCGGGCAUUGUAUGAAGAGCGGCAAAGGAAGAAGGGUGUCAAAGCACAAGAGGAGGAUAACAUGACGAACUAA